CUGUGAGCCUACUUUGUCCUCUGUGAAUAGAGGCCAGGUUCACUCUGUCCCAGACUUCUGUGCCUGUCCUUUGAGAGCCAUGUGGCACUAUUUGAUGGGUCUAGUGGGCCUGUGGACCCUCCUGCGCUUGAUCAGGGAGAGGCAGGUGGUGAGCCAUCUCCAAGACAAGCAUGUCUUUAUCACGGGCUGUGACUCAGGCUUUGGGAACCUGCUGGCCAGAAAGUUGGACAGGAGAGGCAUGAAGGUGCUGGCUGCAUGUCUGACGGAGAAGGGAGCUGAGGAACUGAGGAACAAUACAUCAAAGAGGCUGGAGACAGUGAUCCUUGAUGUCACCAAGACAGAGAGUAUUGUGGCAGCCACUCAAUGGGUGAAGGAGCGUGUUGGGAACAGAGGACUCUGGGGCCUGGUCAACAAUGCUGGCAUCUCCAUCCCCUCGACUCUCAAUGCGUUCCUGAAGAAAGAGGAUUUUGCCAAGAUACUGGAUGUGAACCUGUUGGGCGUGAUUGAGGUGACUCUGAACAUGAUGUCCUUAGUGAGGAAGGCAAAGGGUCGAGUGGUCAAUGUUUCCAGCAUCCUGGGUCGAUUGUGUUUGUUUGGUGGUGGUUACUGCAUCUCCAAGUAUGGUGUAGAGGCCUUCUCCGACUCCAUCAGGAGGGAGCUCUCCUAUUUUGGAGUGAAGGUGGCCAUUAUAGAGCCUGGUUUCUUCCAGACUGCUAUUUCCAGUAGUGACAGGCAUUUGUCACAUAACAAGAUGCUGUGGGACCAGGCCAGCUCAGAAGUCAAAGAGAUCUAUGACGAGAAGUUUUUGUCAUCCUAUGAAACAAGGAUAAAGUUAUUGGACAAACUGUCCAGCAAGGACCUAUCCUUGGUGACAGACUGCAUGGAGCAUGCACUGACUUCCCGCCACCCCCGGAUCCGAUACUCAGCUGGUUGGGAUGCCAAGCUCUUCUACAUCCCUGUGAGCUACCUGCCCACCCGUCUUGCAGAUGUCAUCUUGUUCUGGACCUCCACGAAGCCUGAAAAUACUCUGUGAAGCCUGCAUCUGUUUCCGUAGUUGGGGGUAUAACAGUGUAUAAGCAGGGUAUAAGCAGUGAGAGAGAGAGGAUCCUCAGAAGACAGGGGCUGGGCUCGGGGCAAACUUGUCAUUGGUUGGGACAUCCACAGGUGCCUGACUUGUCUUUCUUUGGUAUGACUAUGGAGAACAUCAAGCCUCAGGAAAAGCUUCUAUGUUUAUACGAUGAUUCCAAUCUUGAUAAAAAUAAGAAAGUGAUUUUCCAUGUAUCAGGGUGAUCCAUUUUACUUAUUUUAAUUUACAAAUCUAUUAUUUGUUUGUCUGCUUGUGUAUCUAUAUUGCAUGUGUGUAGGAAUACCCAUAGAGUCCAGAUGAUUGAUUUUCUUGAAUCUGAAUGUACAGGCUAUUGUGAAUCACCUAACUGUGGAGUUGGGAACACAAUUUAGGUCUUCUAGUCUACCACCUGUCCCUGUGGCUAAACUCCUUAUUUAUGGUUUUACUUAAUUAUACAUUUUGAGAGAGGCUCUCACUAUGCUACGCUCAUGGGUCCCUAGAGGACAGGCCUUUGCACCCCCACUUGAGCUGUUUUGCACUCUUGUUGUUGGCUGAUCCAAAAACAAGAGCAAAAACAAGAACAAAACAAUCUGUUGUUUUCAGCAAUGUUUCUAAAGAUGUUUACUCCUACGGUGAUGAACUUGCUUUUGCUGGCUUGACCUCCCCUGCUGAGAGCUAUAUAUACUGUGUGAGAAAGUAGAAUAAAGGCUUGUCUGCAGAA